GGAAGUGACGCUAUCGAGCGGAAAUCCCGCCCCGUUCUCUGCGGGAAGUUCCGCUCACUGGCUUUCGUCCCUCGUGGCCGACCGCCGGCAUGGCGCACUACAACUUCAAGAAGAUCACGGUGGUGCCCUCCGCCAAGGACUUUAUUGACCUGACAUUAUCGAAGACUCAAAGGAAGACUCCAACAGUUAUUCAUAAACAUUACCAGAUCCAUCGCAUUAGACAUUUUUACAUGAGAAAAGUCAAAUUCACUCAACAGAAUUACCAUGACAGACUGUCACAGAUUCUGACAGAUUUCCCCAAAUUGGACGACAUUCAUCCUUUUUAUGCGGAUUUGAUGAACAUCCUCUAUGACAAAGACCAUUACAAGUUGGCUCUGGGACAGAUAAACAUUGCCAAAAACUUAGUAGACAAUGUUGCCAAAGAUUACGUGCGGCUCAUGAAGUAUGGGGACUCCCUGUACCGCUGCAAGCAGCUGAAGCGCGCUGCCCUGGGGCGGAUGUGCACUGUGAUCCGGAGGCAGAAGCAGAGUUUGGAGUAUCUGGAGCAAGUGCGUCAGCAUCUGUCCCGUCUGCCAACUAUUGAUCCGAACACGAGAACCCUGCUUCUGUGUGGGUACCCGAAUGUUGGCAAAUCCAGCUUCAUCAAUAAGGUGACGAGAGCAGACGUGGAUGUCCAGCCUUACGCAUUUACGACCAAGUCUCUGUUUGUCGGACACAUGGAUUAUAAGUACCUGCGUUGGCAGGUUGUAGAUACCCCGGGGAUUUUGGACCAGCCUCUGGAGGACAGGAACACCAUCGAGAUGCAAGCCAUCACGGCCCUGGCCCACUUGCGCGCCGCCGUGCUGUAUGUGAUGGACGUGUCCGAGCAGUGCGGGCACGGGCUGCAGGCGCAGCUGGAGCUCUUCCGGAACAUCCGGCCUCUGUUCGUGGGCAAGCCUCUCGUGGUCGUGGCCAACAAGUGCGACGUGCGGAGGAUAGCCGAGCUCCCCGAAGACAGCCAGAAAAUAUUCAUGGAUUUGCAGGCUGAAGGAUUUCCUGUGGUGGAGACCAGCACCUUGACAGAGGAAGGGGUCAUUAAAGUGAAAACAGAGGCUUGUGACAGGCUUUUAGCUCAUCGAGUUGAAACCAAAAUGAAAGGAAAUAAAGUGAACGAGGUGCUGAACAGAUUGCAUUUGGCUGUGCCAAACAAAAGAGAUGACAAGGAGAGGCCCCCUUUCAUCCCGGAGGGAGUGGUGGCACGCAGGAAGAGAAUGGAGACCGGGGAGCCGCGGAGGAAGAGGGAACGAGAUAUUGAACUGGAACUGGGAGACGAUUACGUGCUGGAUCUUCAGAAGUACUGGGACAUACUGAAUUUGUCCGAGAAACACGAUAAGAUACCUGAGAUCUGGGAAGGCCACAACGUUGCCGAUUUCAUCGACCCCGACAUCAUGCAGAAACUAGAGGAGUUGGAGAAAGAGGAAGAGCUGAGGGCAGCUGCGGGCGAGUACGACAGUGAGCCUGAGAGUGACGACGACGAAAUGGGGGAGAUCCGACAGCUGGCGAAAGAAAUCAGAGAAAAAAAGAAGCUGAAAAUUCUGCAGUCCAAAGAGAAGGACACACAGGGACCCAGAAUGCCGCGGACCGCUAAGAAGGUUCAGCGGAAAGCCUUGGAGGAUGAGAUGCGCAGCCUCGGUGUCGCCGUGGGUGGUGAUGAGAACGCCCACUAUGCAGUCCAGGCCAGACUGUCUCGGAGUGUCACCAGGAAGAGGAAGCGGGAGGACUCUGUCCCGCCCCCAUCCGUCGCCCGGAGUCGCAGCUGCUCUCGAACUCCGCGGGACGUCUCUGGUCUUCGGGACGCCAAGAUGGUGAGGAAAACCAAGACUAUGAUGAAGAAAGCGCAGAAGCAGAUGAACCGAUCGGGGAGGAAGGGGGAGGCAGACAGGCACGUGUUCGACAUGAAGCCCAAGCACUUACUCUCUGGGAAGAGGAAAGCCGGUAAAAAGGACAGGAGAUAGUGUCCACUGCAGCCGGACCGGUGAGUGAGACUGCGGCUUCUUGUUCCUGAAUGAGAUGGCUCCUGAAACUGGCGUCAGGGACCCGGAAACUGAACAGCAGGAAGUAGCCGAAAGCCCUGUUGCUUUCCUGAAAGCCGCGCCCACCCCUCACCUGUGCGAGCGUGGGGACGUCCACCUCUGCGUGGCACUGCAAGUAUGCGGAGGAGACGCUGGUUUCUGCACUUACUGAGGGGCUUUGGUUGCAUCAGCUUUGCAGAACUGAAAAGAUUUAUUGCUGUGACUGCCGUUGGUGAGGGAGCGAAAUCUUCUCUUUGGUAAGAGGGCACUUCGGUUUGGUCAGUGCAUGUGAAUAGUCCUUUUCUGCAGAGAAAACAUCUGCACUUGUGAACAGCGGCAGCGGCUGCCGGCCCUGCCCCACAGACCCGGGCCGAGCGCGGCUUGCUGUUAGAAUGCCGGCACUGAGUGCUCCUCCACUCCUCCCGCACCAGGUACCAUUGUAAUCUGUCUUCAGCCAGUUGUCCAAAAUAAACUUCUAAAAGAAAAUAA